AUGGCGGAAGAAAAGAAACUCGAGUCUGGCAUCAAGCCAUGCGACACAGAUAUUGGGACCAGCUCCGUGCUGAAGAAGCAGAAUGCGUUCCAGCGUCUUAUGCAUCGCAAAAAUGACCUCAACGAUCUCGGCAAGGAAAUGCUGCAGCAGUCGCUUCACUACGACCAAGCGCAACUGGAGGCAGACGCUGUCAAGGUCCGACGCAAGCUUGACUUCCUGGUACUGCCAAUGAUGAUGACCACUUACAUGCUGUCUUUCCUGGACAAACAAACAUUGAAUUACGCAAACGCAUACGGCCUUCAAGCUGACACGCAUAUGACUGGGGAUAACUACAGCUGGGUAGCUACUGCAUUAUACUUUGGCUGGUUAUGUGGCGCAUGGCCUUGGAAUCUUCUAUUACAGCGGGUACCAAUUGCGAAGCUGAUCGGAGGCAUGCUUUUUGUCUGGGGGGCCAUCUGUAUGCUCCAAGCAACGGUCUUCAACUUUGCCGGAUUCUUUGUAGUGCGCUUCUUCCUCGGGAUGAUGGAAGGCUGCGUCUCUCCAGCUUGGGUCAUGCUAACCUCGAUGCUCUGGACACGUGAAGAGCAACCGUUCAGGAGUUCCAUUUGGCUGUGCACGAACGGAGUGUCAAUGGUACUCGGCGCGCUUUUGGCUUAUGGUUCCGGCAUGGCUCAAGGCUUGACUAUCGCGAAUUGGAAGCUCAUCUUUUUGAUCGUGGGUGCCCUGACUAUGGGCUGGGGAUUUGUCAUUCUGUUCUACCUUCCGGACGGCCCGCACGACGCCAAAAUGUUGACCGAGUAUGAGCGGAUGGUUGCGGUCUGGAGAGUUUCUAAGAACCAGAUGGGUAUCAAGAACUCGUCGAUCAAGACCCCUCAGAUCAAGGAAGCUCUUCUGGACGGUAGAUGCUACCUCAUCUUUGCCACGGGCAUGGCGCUCGGUCUUGUCAACGGCGCCGUCACGAACUUUAUGUCCUCUAUCAUCAAGGGUUUCAACUUUGAUCCAUUGAAGACGUCCUUGAUGCAAGCCCCAGGAGGAGCAAUCGAGGUGGUAGCCUGUCUGGGUCUUGGCUACAUUUCUCAGAUGCGCAACAUGUUGGGCAUUUCCAUCUUGUUAGGCUGUCUUCCCGGAAUGGUUGGGCUCAUCGGCAUCCUUACGAUACCCAUUGAAAACCGGUACGCCCUGGUUGCUAUGUGCUGGAUGCAGAACGUCAUCGGGUCGCCAAUCGUCCUCAACUGGACAGUCCCCGGAAUUAACAUCGCAGGUCACACGAAGCGCACAGCUGUCCUCGGCAUCUACUUUGUGUGCUACGUCGGGGGAAACAUUAUUGGACCCCACAUGUUCCUGCCACAUGAAUCACCUAGAUAUCCUACGGCCAUCAGAGGGUUGCUAGGAACAUAUUGUGCCGCCAUCUUCUUCCAGGCGGUAUAUACCACGUGGUGCUGGGUCGAAAACAAGAGACGCGACAAGCUUGGAAUGCAGGCGGAGGCAUUUGAAGAGGCAUUGCUCGAGGGUUUCGAAGACUUGACGGACAAGGAGAAUAAGCACUUCAGGUACAAACUGUAA